AGAAAGAAAAAAGAUAAGGUGAUAAGAUCUAUCAUGCCCCAACUGUAGAUUUUCUAAUCUUCAAAAAGUAGAAGAAAAGGAAUAAAAAUAGAGAUGACCCACUCAAGUGGGCAAGGUUUAACAUCCAAUAGAAGCACGACCGGCCACCCCCCACUCAAAUCUACAUCUCCAGCAUGCGUGUUGACAAACACUAGUCUUUCCACUUAACUUAGACGCCGACCACGCCAUAAAGGCUCAUGAAAGAAGAGAAAAAAGAAAAUGCAACUCAUACAUUGGGACCAAUCAAUCUAGUGGCACAAAAUUACCCCUACAUGAGAAAUAACUUUCCAAAGAAGAAUCCCCUUCUACCACAUUUAUAAUGUAAACAGAAUACCUUUCUAAGCACCUCCCUGGUCAGCUUAAAAUUUAGAUGAUUCAAGAUGGUUGGUAAAGUGAACUGUCAAAUGACCAGCCACCCUGAAACUUUCAUGAGUUGCUUCUGCUGGCAUACCGUCAGAGGUACACCUGAGGAGCUCUGUUGUUCUCAAAAUCUGAGUUUCCUUCUGAAUUUAAUAAAAAUGAAAGUUGAACCAUUUGGCAAAGGUUCACGUUUUCUUUGGACCAAAUCUUCGAGGGAAGCACUAGAAAAAGGUGGUUGACUGUUGCCAACGUUGAUUGGAUAGGUGCGUGUUUCGUCAUUAUCUGCAAAAGAGAAAGCACCUUUGCACUAAAAGGAAAGGCUUGUUUGUAAAUUGCCAAGGAACAAGGGGCACAUAAUCAGAUCGGACUGUUAUAAAUAGUGACUUACAUUGCUGCCUGCACCAACGCAGCCUGAUAUAAUUGUCUGAGCAAGCGCUGCCAUUUUUAUUGCAGAUCGAAGGAAGAUUGGAAGGUUUUCACCAUGGGCAAUUGCCUUACUAUCGAAGCAAAGGUAAUCAAAUUCAAGAAUAAAGAUGGUGAAAUGCUUGAACAUGAUGCACCACAAGAGGUGCAACAUCUGCUAGCUGAUUUCCCUGUCCAUGCAAGUUCUGAGUCGUAUGCAGCUUCUAGCGCCCUUCUACCAGAUCAGGUUUCGCAUCUCCCAUCCUCUUCAACCGCGCAAGAAACAGAGGAAAGGAAUACACCUACAACAUCAAAUGGAGAUGAUCAUGCUGCUGGUGCUGGAGAAAGCAAGUGUAGCAGUGGAGGGAUAAUAAGAAUCAAGCUUCUCGUCACCAAGCAACAACUGGAAGACAUACUAACCAAAGGAGUCUCCCUCGACAACAUGAUCACAAACCUCACAAGAGGGGCAUAUAACAUAGAUUCUCCGAAUUCUCGGUGGAAACCUACACUGAGAAGUAUACCAGAAGGAUGUGAUGAGAAGCAAGAACUACUAUGA